GCUGAGCGCGCUUUCUGGCGCGCGACGGAUGGCAUCGGAGCUGCUGGUCACAGUUGUCGCCGGUAUUUCACAGGCGACUCACGGUUGGCUGUUGCGGCGCCCGCUGGUGCCGAGCUGCCCGACCUUCUCGCAGGCGAAGAGUGCUCGUGUGACGUGGCGUCGUACAGCUGUUGGGUGCCUUUCGUGGAUUUGCAGCCCUACUGGAACCUCGACAUAGUGACGGUGGCGUGGGAGACGGUGCUGAGGGGCGUGCCGAUUGAGAUCGUCGAUAAGAGCCCCUGCAACUUCGGAGCCUUCCCCCAGAGACGGCGGGGGGAGAGGUUGCUGGACGAGACCGACUGCGUGGCCAACUCGGGGGAGUGUCGCCGCGGCCCAGUGGUUCACCCACCUGACGGAGCUGGCGGCGGAGACCUCGGCGUCGAGCCCGUGCCGGGCCCGAUCGUCGACGCGGGCGCGGCGGGGAAGGUCCGUGGGACUCUCACCCCGAGGGAGCGCGACCGUGAGGUUCGUGCGCCCGCCGCGCCCGAGGGCCGCUGGGUGAUCGUCGUGGCCGACGGGUCCCUGGGGGUCACGGUCGGCGACGAUGUGGCGAUGCCGUCGGACGCGCUGAUCUCGCCCGACGGGCGGAUGGGGCUGGAGCCGGUUCCCUGCUCGACCGAGAGGGUCCUCGUGGAGCGCCUGCGCACGGACGAGACGCCGUCGGACUACGUUGGUGGAAAGGGACCUUCGGCUUCGAGCUCGGACGCCUGCGUGGUGGGCGCGCAGUGCAACAGCCAGGGGGUCAGGCAGCGGGUGUGGCGCGAGGUGUCGGUGAAGGUGCAGCAAGUCGAGUUCAAGGACUGGCCCAUGCCGAGGCCGCGUACGGUGCUCGGGUGCGUACAGUUCGUGGACCGCCGCGGCGACGGUCCCAUGGACCACCGGCGCGGGUGGAUGGGCAACCUGAAGCUGUCCAACACAUACUUCGGAGUUCAGGAACAUCGGCACGGGAUGCAGGCCUUCCAGUUCUUCGGGGAGUACGGCCAGAUUGACUUUCCAAAUCAGGUCGGGCUCGAAGUGAUCAUGGGGCGGUGCCAGGUGACAGAGUUUCACUACGAGAAGGCGAACAAAGGCAGCAAGGCGAACAAGCAGGCGCAGGGGGUGACCCGCGACGGGGUGGCCUACUUCUCCGGCUCGCACCGCUUAGGCGGGGAAGUGAUGAACUGCCCCGGGUUGGUGGAGUGGGUUUCGAAAGAGAUUGGCCGAGACGUCGGGGUUACCGGGCAGAUGAAGAAGGCCAGAGAGCACCGAUCCGACUGGGAGUCUGACGUGGCGCGGGCGCUCAACGAGCUCGGUGGCUACCAGGACACUUCCGCCAGUGAGCCUGUCGGUGUUGGCACCGACAAGGCCUCGCCGGCACAAUUCAGGCCUCUUGUGCACGACCUCGGGCUGACGCGCGUUCGUGAGUGCGUGGCCUGGUGGGGUAAGCCUCCCGCCGACCUCACCUGCCGGGGGGCCUUUCGAGAGCUCCAGGCGUCCCACAGCUAUCAGGGGUCCCCUGUUUCUGUGGCCCCUCUGAACCUUGACCUUCUCCGCUUUCCUGCUGCUGGGGUGCCCCAGGACCUGGGGGGUCUUGUCGAGAAUGGCCGCGAUGAAGUUCAGAAGUUUGUUGAAGACUACCUCUUGCCAAAGGAUCAGUUGCGGUGGGCCUCGUGUCUUAUCUGCUUUUGCUCCCGGGACCUGUGCGCCCCCAUCUACACGCGUGUCCUGGCCACUGACGCUUCUGAGUGGGGUCUUGGGGUGACGGAGACCGUGGGCCUGGAGGCCGACGUGAAGCACGCCAUGAGCUUUUCAGAGGCCUGGAGGUUCAAGGAGGGUGGAGAAGGGGCCCGUGAGCAGGCCCGGGAGCGGAUCGAGGAGGCGAAGGUGACGGGGGAGAAGGCAGAGAACGCUAACGUGCCGGAGGGCGUGGACGUCUGCGCCCGGCUGGAGCGGGGGGUCGACCUCGUACCUCGAUCCCUUGUCGGAGGCCCUUGGAGGACAGUGAGGUCGCAAGCUUUGGAUCGUCCUGAGAGUAUUCCUGUGCUGGGGACCAGAGCUGCACAAUGGGGACUUCGACACGUGCUACGGAACAGCCAGACAUGGCAUAAGCGUGUUCUCAUCCUCAGCGACUCGAUGUCGGCUGUUCUGGCUCUGAGCAAGGGCCGAACGUCCGCGCCCGGGAUGCUCCGAGUUGUGCGGCGCUGGGCUGCCCUGGCGCUUGUGUCAGGAUGUUCCGUCUACCUGAGGUGGAUCUCGAGCGAGGAGAACCCUGCUGAUGCUCACUCGCGGAGGGGGCUGCUGCCGCCGGCCGCCGUCGCCAGGCGUGGAGCUGGCAGCACUGCCGCGUGCCCCGACCUCGGCCAGGGUCCACGGGGCGGCAGCGCAGCCGCUGCCCUAGCUGCCCCGGAAGGGACCACGCGCUGGAGGGGGUCGGGCCGCUGGCGCCGGCGCGGCGCCGGGCGCAGCCGCAGGCCCGACGUGCCGCUGCUCGCGCGGGUGCCCGCCGGGGCUCGGCUGCUACAGCUGGCGAGGCCGAGUUACCUCCAGGCGGCCAGCGUCCGGCCGCGCACCCAGCAGCUAUACCUGAAGAGCUGGGAGAGCUUCGAGGACUGGGCACGGUUCCGCCUCCUCCCUCUCCAGUCGGAGAAGCAGGUCGACGACGCGUUCGGGGACUUCUUCGACUACCAGUGGUUCGAGGGGGCGCACUCGAGCCUGGGCUCGCGCCUGGUGGUCUGCCUGGUGUGCGACUGGCUGGUCCGCAGCGACCGGUGGUCCAUGGCGGUGGCGGUGCUGAUGUACGUGGUGUUCUACCUGAGGCCGAGCGAGGUCAACAAGUGGGACGACUCGCGGCCGCUGGACCUGCCAGACCACGACUUCAUGGCCCCGCUACUGGAGGCCCUGCGGCGCCAGACAAGCGGUCAAGACGCCCCGGUGUUCGAGUUCACCUGCCAGCAGUGGGGGAGCGAGUGCAGGAAGGGCGGGUUGGCGCUGGGCCUCCAGGACGGGGGGCCGCCGACGCUGUGCGGGCUCCGACAUGCGGGCGCAAGCCUCGUCAUCAGCCUCGGCCGUCUGAGCCCGCUAGGCGUGCAGCACCGCGGCGGGUGGGCCCAGCCGAACUCGAGGCGUCGCUACCAGAAGGCAGGCCGCCUGAUGGAGCAGUUGCACUUCCUGCCGCACGGCGCUCGGCUCGCAACGGCAAAGUACGCCUCCGAGAUUGGCGCCAUCAUGAGCAG